UGAGGAUCCGUACAGGCUUGAGAAUGUUCCCGACGAGGAACCCACGCCCGGUCCCUCGACGAAAGAGUAUGGGUACUAUGAGCGACCUGCCCCGCCGGCUGCGGUGCCUCAGCACCAGUACCAGGAGCAGGAGCAGCAGAGGAGCGUUCGUCAACCGGAGACCUACCAUCCAAGGAGCCAACAGGAGCCCCCGGCGGAACAGCAGCCGGUCAUGCAACAAGCGCAGCGGACGAACUAUCAGCAAGUCCCUCAGACCACGCAAGCGCCCCAAACUUCGCAAGCUCCUCACUACUCGCAAGUCGCCGAACGCUCGCAAGCGCCUCAGCCCUCGCAAAUUCCUCAACCCUCACAAGCACCUUCCUUCGACGGCGCACAAGCGGACAACCCGGAGUUCACUCCCGCUCCACUCGAUCGCCACAGUAGUGUGUACGGCGAGUGGAUGGCGCCUGCUGCCGCUGGAGUUGCAGGUGCUGGUGCCGGAGCCUUGGGCGCGGAUUAUUGGCGUCAGCAGCGGGAUCGAGCUGCCGCUGAUAAGAACAAUCAGACGCAGGGCCAGACGCAGAGGCAAGUGCAGCCACAGAUGCAGAGCGAGAUGCAGAGAGAGGAGCCUGCUUCAGCUUCGGCAGCAGGGCUGGCAGGAUCGAAUGUGCCGGAGGAGAGGGAUGUUGGGGCUGGAGGGCGUGAGGGGGAUAGUGUUGCGUACUCGGCUGGUGGGAUUGUGUUGCCGAUUCGACAGCACGAGCAACAGCAGCAGCCGGUGCAGCAGCAGCCACCAAUCCCGCAGCAGGAACGGGAGCCUGUUCGGCAGCAGCAGCCGAUCCAGCAGGAACAGCCUUUGCAGCAGCAGGAACGGCAGCCCAUUCAGCAGCAGGAACGAGAGCCUCUUCAGCAGCAGCAGCCGAUCCAGCAGGAACAGCCUUUGCAGCAGCAGGAACGGCAGCCCAUUCAGCAGCAGGAACGAGAGCCUCUUCAGCAGCAGCAGCAGCGCGCUCUUCAGCCGCAACAGCCGUUUCAGCAACAGCUACCUUUUCUACAGCAGCAGCCUGUUCAGCAGCUGACCCCAUCGUUCCCGCAGCAGGAGCAGCAGCCAACGCCAUUCCAGCAGAAUCAGCCGCUACCGCAAAGGGCUGCCCCAUCUACAAGCACCUCGACGACAACGACUGGUAGCGUCGGAGGCGGCGUGGAGAGAAGUGUUCGUGGUGGCAGUGGUAGUGGUAGUGGUCUGGGCGGCCUCGAGAGCAAGGGUGCCCACGAGACCGGUCGCUUUCCCACGGUCGUAAGGCACGACACGGACAUGACGAUCAGUGCGUUGCAUGUGCCCGGUGAGUUUCCGAAGCGGACGUAACGUAACGUAACGUAACGUAGCGGAAUUGGGGUGGAUGUGGGAGGUUCAGCGUGGCAGUUCAUCGCUGGUGGAUGCUAGUAAGUUGAGGUAGCUCUUUGGGACCAAAUGUUGGCGAUGUUUUUUGGUCGUUUUAGUCGCUUCUUCGAGUUCAUCUAACACUUCCCCCUCGACCUCCUCGCGCCGCUCCCUUCCCAGCUCUUCCCACGCCGGAAAGAGAAGCUCUCGCCCCUGUCGUCCCUCUUGCUCCGGCAACCCUCCCAGCUCGUCCACUGCCACGCAGAGACGCUGCCCCUCGUCCACCAGAUGGCAGGGUA